GACGGGGGAAGGUUGCAAAUUUUCCCUCUGAGGUUUAUAUUUUUUACUAUUUUGAGUGCUUAAGAAGAAGAAGAAGAAGAAGAAGAAGAAGAAAAUAAUAAUAAUAAUAAUAAUAAUACGAGCAGCAAGAUCAAGAUUAAGAUCAGCACACCCAAACCUUUCGAAAAACCACAACACCAUUAACCAAAAUGCGCUAUAACUCAAAAACCACCGUUCCUAACUGCACCAAAAUGCUCAUGGGGAUGCUCCUAACCUUCACCCUCACCCCUGCAACCCUCGCGGACCCUGAAUGCAUCCCUGGAAGCAAUGAAACCGACUUAAAGAUUCCCAUAUCGUCUUCAAACCUCUCCUAUAUAACCGAUUUUGGCUUAGAUCUCUUUCGCGAACUGUUUCCUUAUAACGCAACGGAUCGGAACUUCUUCUUCUCACCUUACAGUGUUUGGAGCGCCCUGUCUCUCGCCUACUUCGGAUCAGCUGGGGAGACAGAGGAUCAAAUAGCAAUGGUGUUAAGAGAAGAAGAUAAAGUUUCUGCCUUGAAAUCUUGGAAAACUGUUGAAUUUUUGUAUAAGAUGCGUCAGGAAAAUCAGACAAAUUACACACUACGAGUUGCCAAUCGCGCUUAUUUCGACUUGGAUGUCUCUCUACGGGCGUGUCUGACCGAGAUCUUCCCUUCAGAACUGCAGAGAAUCGACUUCAGACAGCCUGACGCAGCAGCAGUAGAGAUCAAUGACUUCGUGAGUAACACCACCAAGGGGCGGAUACCUGAGCUGGUAACCCCGGGGCACCUUCAGGGGGCGCGCAUGGUCCUGGUGAACGCGGCUUUCUUCAAGGGCGUGUGGCUUUACCAGUUCAAGGAGAGCGCCACCAAGAAGGAGCUGUUCUAUUCCACGCUGGAGGAUUACACCUUUGUGGAUAUGAUGCACCAGAAGGGAAACUUUGGAUACGGCGUGUCCGAGGAACUGGGAGCAAGCAUACUGGAGUUGCCAUACACUGGGGAAGCCAUUUCAAUGUACAUCCUGCUGCCUCCAUUCUUGUCUGGACGUGACGGGUUCUCUUCAAUGGUGGCCCGGCUGACUGGUCCAGCCCUCCACCGCGCCAUUGACAGCACUUGGAGGACACAGCUAGAGGUCAAGAUUCCCAAGUUUAAGCUGGAGGAGAUGAUCGAGGAGGAGUUAAUGGAGGCUCUGUCCAGGAUGGGGGUGACUGACCUGUUUGACCCAACCCGCGCCAAUAUGACCACCUUCAGCGAGAGAGAAGGGCUGAGUGUAGGCCGCAGCGUGCACCGAGCCUUCGUGGAGGUGAGCGAGGAAGGGACAGAGGCAGCCGCAGCAACAGCCCUUAUAAGCUGGAGGAUUGCCCGCCCCGUCAGCCCAACGACGUUCGAGGCUAAUCAUCCCUUCUUGUUCCUUAUUUACGACAAUUUAACCCACAAUGUGCUGUUCCUGGGCGCUUAUAAGAACCCCAAAGCCGCGCAGGGGGGGCGGGAAAGCGUGUGAGCGUGACAGAGUGUGAGAAAUGCUAGUUUGAACGAUUUUUUUAAAGGGAAACUUAAGAAAAACUUGAAAAAAAUUGGAAAUGAGACAGAAAAUGGUGCUUUGAUACGGUUUUCAGGGGACACUAGGCCUUAUAAGAUUUCUAGAGCCACGGAAGGGGGGGCGGGAAAGCGUGUGAGCGUGAUAGAGAGUGAGAAAUGCUAGUUUGAACGAUUUUUUAAAGGGAAACUUAAGAAAAACUUGAAAAAAAUUGGAAAUGAGACAGAAAAUGGUGCUUUGAUUAAGUUUUCAGGGGACACUAGGCCUUAUAAGAUUCCUAGAGCCACGGUAGGGGGGGCGGGAAAGCGUGUGAGCGUGACAGAGAGUGAGAAAUGCUAGUUUUGAACUAUUUUUUAAAGGGAAACUUAAGAAAAACUAGAAAAAAAUUGUAAAUGAGAGAAAAUGGUGCUUUGAUAUGGUUUUUAGGGGACACUAGGCCUUAUAAGAUUUCUAGAGCCAGGGAAGGGGGGGCGGGAAAGCGUGUGAGCGUGACAGAGUGUGAGAAAUGCUAGUUUGAACGAUUUUUUUAAAGGGAAACUUAAGAAAAACUUGAAAAAAAUUGGAAAUGAGACAGAAAAUGGUGCUUUGAUAUGGUUUUCAGGGGACACUAGGCCUUAUAAGAUUCCUAGAGCCACGCAGGGGGGGCGGGAAAGCGUGUGAGCGUGACAGAGAGUGAGAAAUGCUAGUUUGAACGAUUUUUUAAAGGAAACUUAAGAAAAACUUGAAAAAAAUUGGAAAU